AAUUAAUAAUUUUGACACUAGUUCUGAUUUCUUAAACUAAAUUGUUGGCCUUUGGCGCUUUUUUGUGUGUGUGCAAUGCUAAUUAAUUAUUUGCUCGAUGCAUUUCAGCGGCUUGCAAGUCAAUUAAAACGACAAUUUGUGCGGAUUCGCUGCUGGUUGCCAUUGCCGCAACGCUUCUACGGCUUCCGGCGGUCAUUUCUAAUAGACCCGGCACGGACACGGGCACGGGAACGGGCCAGCUACCAGUGCAAUCCGAGGGCGACGCGUCGCCAACUGGUCAUGGACUACAUCUUCGAGUGCUUCUUCGAGGACACAUUCGAUCAGAUCACCCGCAACGGAUUGCAGGAUCGCCAGUCGCGUCGGGACGUGCUCGACCAUCUCAGUUCUAUAAUCAAGGGCUGCAGCGAGGGCCAGAAUACGCAGACAGAUGAGGUGGCCGGCAUAGCCGUGGUGGCGGCCAUGCGAUAUCACCGACUGGCCAAGGAGGAUAAUGGCGGAAAGGUAUGCCUCAUGGGCAAGUAUCACAACAUCCUGUACAUCGCCCUGCGCACCUGCUGGGACUGGGGUGUGCGCGACUCCGAGGUGGUCGUCCAACUCUUGGUGGCCAUUUAUGAGUGCGAGAAGACUUUCGAGCGGAUAUUCCUGGGCGCCUUGUUUGGGCCACAUGCUCCGCACUUUAUCGCCGGUUGGCGCAGUGACUUUCAGGAUCAGCAUGAAAACGUCCGAGCCGUGGUUUACUUUCUGAAGCAUGCCACACGCGAGAAGCUCAUGUUGCCCGUCUGGAUACCGCGCUUCGAGGAGGAGAGACAGCUUAGAUUCAUUGAUGUGCCCAUUGAGUCCUGUGGCAGGUCCUCGCCGCUGCGCAUCGCCCUGCAGGCAAAUGCUCCCGAGCUGCUGCUCAUUCUCCUGAGAUACGGCGCCUCACCGCAUCCCCCGGACGGAGGCACCUCGGUAAUCCUGGCACUGCUCGACAAACUAAUUGAGAAUGGCCGCAAUUACAGCUACGAACUGGUGCUGUGCCUCAAGAUACUGUUGCGAAACGUGGCCAUGAUUGAGAUGCCCUUCAAGCCCCUGUUGUAUGCCUCACGCAGGGAGAUGUUCUUCGAGCGCUACGGCAGACUGUUAAUCGACAAAAUCAUUGGCAAGGAGCAGGUGUAUGGUGUGCCCACACUGCGUCACCUAUGUCGCUGCUGCAUUCGCGAUGUCCUCCGGGAGCAGAAUCAACUGCCCAACGGCAUCGACACUUUGAGGCUGCCGAUGCGACUGCAGCGCUAUAUUGACCUAACGGAAGAGCUGGAGGGAGUCGGGGGACAGCCAGAGCCACCAGAGCAGCCAAAGCCCAAGCCGGGCACUCGACUGGCAAGUGGCAUGCAGCGGAUGGACACCAUCAGCAGCAUUACCGAGAGCGAGGACGAGAGCGAGAACCGUGUCCAGCUGCUGGAGGCAGUCACGGAUGCGGAAAAGGCCGCGGCAGCCGCCUUUGUGGCCGCCAGCGAUGGGGCAAUCACUGCCGAGGCGAAGCAGGCGGCUGUGGCCGCCUAUGUGGCAGCCAGCAGACCCGAAGCCGAUCCAGAUUUCCCACCUAAGCCCCAGCAGGACGAUGACGAUGACGGGGGCCCUGCCCCAGAGCAUAGCUAGUGAAAACUCACCUGUAGGUGUGCUCGCUGACGUUGAUGCGGCCGGGCACGCCUGUGGUCUCCGUGCGGCUGGUGAGGUUCACGGUGUUGCCGAACAGACAGUAACGCGGCACUCGAUUGCCAAUCACGCCUGUCACGACCUCGCCCGAGUGAAUGCCAAUGGUAAUUUGCUGCGGGGAUAGAAAAUAGAACAAAAAUUAGGGAAUUUAUAACUCGAAUUUGUAGGAAUUUAUCUAGGAAAUAAACAGAGCCGUAUCCAGAG